AUGAGUGAUUCCUACAGAAGACCCCGCGACCGCAGCCGCGACCGAGAUCGAGGCCCAAAAGACACAAACGUCGAAUUCUUUGGUGGUGGCGAAAGCUAUCGACCCGGCGGUCACACGGGACAAGGACCAUACCGUCCUCCGCAUACACAAUCACGAGACUCAUGGGGCGAUCGCAGAGACGACCGGAGGGAUGACAGGAGAGAGCCGCCGCCACGACGCGAACCAAGGAGAGAAGAGAUCGACUCGUAUGUGCCGCCGACUAGUGCGCGGGCGAGGCGGGAUAGUCGGUCGCCUGUGAGGCAGCGAUCACCCGGAGGGCGGCGUUCACCACCGCCACGAGAUCGCGGCGAUCUGUUUCCGGAACAGCCACCAAGGUCUCCUCCUAGAAGAUACUCGCCGCCGAGAAGAGAUGAUCGCGCGAGAUCGCCGCCACGGCGCCGGUCGAGAUCACCACUUGGGCGGGCGAGAAGUCCUGAUCGAAGAGCUAGAGAUUACAGUCCACCUCGGUCACCGCGACGUGAUCGCUCUCCGGUAAGGUAUGACCGCCCAAGGUCACCUGCAAGACGGCCGUAUUCGCCUCCACGAGACACGCGUCCAUAUCGCUCGAGGUCAAGAUCUCCGAGAAGAGGCUAUCAAGAUGACAACUGGCGACGACGGUCACCUUCACCACGAGCCAAUUCGAGUGUACCCUCGCGUCGAUCAUCUCCACCUGUACAUCCUGAUCGCAGUGUGCCGGGCUCUGCACCUCGUUCGCCGUAUCGCCAGCAGUCUCCGCCACGAGACACUCGGAACAAUGACUUCCAACCUCCGUCAGGUCCGGCAAGAAAUGGCUAUGACCGCCCACCACCCAGCGGCCCAGCUCGGUCGUUCACCUCCAGUCAAACACCACCCGCCGGUCCAGCUGCGUUCCGCGCUCCUCCAUCCGGCCCACGCGGCGGCGGAAAUCGCUUCGACAGCCCACGACGAGACUACUCCAAUCCAGCUCUGGCAGGGAGAACGAGUCUGACAUACCGAGCGCCCACAGCGCCUUCACGCGCACCAGUCUACGGCGACGGCUCAUCCACAACACAUGCCUCUGGCACUGCACCGCCUUCUGGUCCUCGCUCCAGCAGCUACUCACGAGGCGACUACUCCAACGCAGCCACCCCUCGCAACGACUACACCCGCCCAACGCCACCAAGCUACCCAUCCUCCUCAUCGAUCACUACCCGCGCACCCCCAACCGGCCCACAAUCUGCCUCAUCCACCGGUCCAGCAAACGACUACGUCCCUUUCCGCCCCUCCAAUACAUCAACCAGCACAACCUACCCACGCACCCAACGCUUCAAUCUUCCCCUUGCCCUGUCCACUACCGAGAAACUCGUCCCUGGAGGCAAAUUGCUACCUUCGGGCUUGACACCAGAGCAAGAGAAGAAAAUGCGGCAGUUGGAGGCGGAUGCAGAGCGGAUUAGGCAGGAUAUAGCGGAAAAGCAGGCGAGUAAGAGGGAGGCGGUGAAUGAGUGGGAGGUGAGGGAACGGGAGAGUGCAAGGGAGGGGUUGCGGGCUGAGUUGGCGGAGGAGGGGUUGAGGGGGUUGGAGCGGGACGGGGAGGGGGGUGUUGCUGCUUUUUGA